GCAGCGCAUCGUGAGGAGCAGCCCUACUGCGCACAGCCUUCCUACCAUCGCUCCACCAUGUGGCAUCUGAUCCUGUGGGCAUCGCACCCCCCGUGGUCACCAAAGCACUUAAAGCUGGUCACCAUCUACAUGCUGGUGCUCUUGGUAUCGCUCAGCUUUGCUUCGAGACAGAGCAGACCAUUUAAACAUCAAAUAGACAACAGAAGCCCUGAGAUUGAUCCCUUUUGGUACGUGGGACGUGGUGUUCGACCCAUUGGCCGGUUUGGGAAGAGGCAGCUGAGAGGUGGCCGUGGAAGCUUAAGGCCUGUGAGCAGGCGCCUGGAUUUCCUCCUGAACGCCUUGUGGGAGCAGGAAGUGUUGGAUGCAGAGGACAGUGACUGGUGAUGGCUGUGCCCUGAGGCGGUGACCUAACCUCUGCACUCCGAGUUGCCCCUGCCUGCACCUCAGGGCUCUGCUUUUGCCUGGCAAUCCCAUGCUGCUCCUCUCUCUGCUGCGGCAAAUUCCUUCAAGAAGAAACACAUUGAGGUUAGAGGUAAAAGGCAAUGCGUUGACGCCAGCACUAAGUGUAACCAUAGCUUUAAAAAGUGUUUCUUCUCUCUUUAAUCACCACCGUUCCCUUCUCUGAGCUGUGAUGAUGCUGCACACUGUAACGUUACUCUUACCCAAAAUCCAAAGAGCUCCUGUGCUGGGAUUUAAACUCAGCAGUGUUAGUGUACCGUGAAAUCCUCCUGUCACAUUUUAAAGUCAGUGGCUGUUGGUAUGUAAAAAUAAAAAGCAAUGGUUGGGUGAAAGAAAAAAGGCUCUCGUUACUUUUUAACGUACCUGCAUUAACGGCAUGAAAUCUGUAGCUUUUAUGCAGACUGUUAACAUUCACUUGUGGGAAUGCAGCCCUGAAAUACACUCUGGCCUUUUAUCAUUCUUGCUGUGCUGCUGAAAAUAUAUCAGUGAACAAAAAGGAGCUUCUGUCAAAGAUAACUAUCUUGUCCCUGAGGAAGGACAGAAAAUUAAGAAAUAAUUACUAUUAAAAAAAGUGCAAGGUUUUGCACUUGGGUCAAGGUAAUCCCAGGUGUGUACUCAAACUGAGAGGAGAAGUCCUUGAGAGUAGCCCUCCUGAGAAAGACUUAGGGGUCCUGGCUAAUGAAUAAUUUAACACGAGCCAGCAGUGUGCACUUGCAUCCCAGAAGGCCAAUGGUGUCCUGGGUUCCAUCAGAAGAGGGGUGGCCAGCAGGACAAGGGAGGUGAUUGUUCCCCUCUACUCAGCUCUGGUGAGGCCCCCUCUGGAAUACUGCAUCCAGGUCUGAGGCCCCCAACACAGGAAGGAUAUGGGGCUUUCGAGAGGGUCCAGAGCAGGGCCAUGAAGAUGAUCCAAGGACUGCAGCAUCUCUCCUAUGAAGACAGGCUGAAAGAACUGGGCUUGCUCAGCCUGGAAAAGAGAAGACUGUGUGGAGAACUCAUUGCGGCCUUCCAAUAUUUAAAGGGCAUUUAUAAACAUGAGGGAAACCAACUUUUUACAUGGGUAGGAAGUGACAGGAGAAGGGGGAAUGGUUUAAAACUAAAGGAGGGGAGAUUUAGAUUAGAUGUUGGGAGGGAAGUUUUGUACUGAGAGAGUGGUGAGGUACUGGAACAGAUUGUCCAGAGAGGUUGGUGAUGCCCCAUCACUGGAGGUGUUCAAGGCCAGGUUGGAUGGGGCCCCGGGCAAUCUGAUCUAGUACUAGAUCUAGCAGCUGGCAACCCACCUGUGGCAGGGGGAUUGGAACUUGAUGGUCCUCGAGGUCCCUUCCAACCUAAAGUAUUCUGUGAUUCUAAGAAAAUUGGCUAAUUAAACUCUUCAGAGUAGUUCUGUGCCUACUGCAGGUAGGGUGCACUGAUAUAAAAAGAGAUAAGGGCCUAAACUGUCUGAUUGCCUUUAAAACCAUGUUGAUGUUUUCAAGUACAUGAUCUGAUCAAGCUCUCUGAGCAUCACAAUGUAUGAAUGGCAACAUUAGACCACAUCAAUAAGCCUUGUGUUGUGGCUCAGUACUCCUGUUUGCCAGAGUAAUUAACUCAUGUUAUACUCAUUUUAGAAGAAGCGUUAUUUGCAGUAUGUUUAAUCUUGAUAACUACUCGCAGCAAGACUACUCAAAUGCAGUUUAAUCCACUGCACGCAUCCAGAAAAGACAGUUUACAAUUCAGCUAAUGAAUGAUGGUUACUGAGUCAUACUGCAGAUGACAAACUAGAAUGAACUCGCAUUCCUAGUCAUGCUUUGUUAGAAUCACUACUAAAAUUUAAUAAAGAUUGCAUUAAUUAUAGCAGAUAAUUCAACUCUUGUUUCUGCUUGUGAGUGGUCUGUCAGUAAGGUACGGAUGCUCCACCUCCCUGGAAAAUGGAAAAUGAAAAACCUGACUUGGGGGUGGUAGGGGUCAUUU